AUGGUGCACGACACUCCACCAGUUUACGUGUCCAAUACUCGACAAUUGCAAGAUUUUCUAAGCCUAAAGAAAAUCGAACAACUACGUCUAUGUGUGGAGAUUACGGAGAACAAGGAUGAAAGAGCAAGAGAGAAGAGUAAUGAGAAUGACUGCUCAGAAGUAGAAGCUUCAGAAGUUCAGUCCAGAGACGAAAACUACAGUGGGAGUUGCGAUGGUUGCAGUUUGGAGAAGGAACAAGAGGACAAUGAGAAUGACUGCUCUAGUAAUGUGGAAGGAGAAAUACACGACGUAGUCAGAGAAGAUGAAAUAGGCAAAGAAAACGAAGAAGAUGAUGAAUUUGAAAGCCGAUUUGAUAUGUUCGACGACUCGGACGGUGCUUCAUCUGAAGAUGAUAACUUCAGCUCAUACGGUGAGUCUCUUACAGAAGACGAAGAUUCACCAACGCUACCUCCCAAGAAGAGAUAUCAGAACUUCUCAACGAGCGGAUCUAAAGGGAAUCUGGAGGUUCUAAAGUUGGAGAUGUCGUCGAUAGAACUUGAAGUAAGGCAACGAUACGAGAGGGAAUCCCCAGCGUUUUAUGUUCCUAUGUACGAUUCGAAUCAUACAUGUUCUUGCCCAGAGCGUUCUAAUCGAUCUCGACAAGCAACACCAGAUAUUUUAGGAGAGUCGUACAAGAACUUUCUCGGCGACGUUGGUCCGGCCGUUUGCCCUACGAGUGUCGGAAUAGCUAUCACUAAGCAGUUUGGUGUAAAGAUGGAUUAUUGGAAAUCACACCGGACGCUGAACUUUGCAAGGGAAAUCGAUGAGGGAACACCUGAGUGUGGGUUUGAAAUCUUGCCUUCUUACUUAUACAUGAUAAGAAGGGCAAAUCCGAGUACAGUUACGCGUCUUCAAAUCGAUGAGCUUGGAAGAUUCAUGUAUGUGUUUUUUGCGUUUGGUGCGAGCGUAAAUGGGUUUCCUUUCAUGCGCAAAGUUGUAGUUGUCGAUGGUACGUUUCUUAAUGGUAACUACAAAGGAACACUACUCACAGCACUAGCUCAGGAUGGUAACUUUCAGAUUUUUCCAAUAGCCUUUGCAGUGGUUGACACUGAAAAUGAUGAUUCGUGGCAUUGGUUUUUUACGCAACUAAAACUUUUGAUUCCUGACGACAAGGGUCUUGCGAUAAUCUCGGAUAGGCAUAAUUCGAUAGGGAAAGCAAUUAGAAAUGUGUAUCCAUUAGCUGCUCGGAGAAUAUGCACCUACCAUUUAUAUAAGAAAAUAUUGGGACGGUACAAAGGAAAUAUGUAUUUUGUAUGGUGA